AUGGAAAACUUGCCCUUUAACAAGAGAUCUCUGCGUUAUCUCUGCAAGAGGAUGAAUCAGCAGCAGGGCGAUGAUGACAUCAGAAAGACGAUACAACUCUUCUCUGAAUUGAAAGAGAAGGAUCCAAACUUUGUCGACAGUGUGCUUGUUGAUGAAGGCAGCAAGAUCAGGGCAUUGAUGUGGAAAGACGGUAAGAGCCGACACCAGUACAAAUUCUUUGGAGAUGCAAUAACAUUCGACACAACAUAUCGUACGAACCAGUACGACAUGCCGUUUGGUCUUUUUGUUGGUGUCAACAAUCACUUUCAGAGCAUCAUCCUUGGAGGAGUGUUGCUACGCGAUGAAACAACUGAGACUUUUGAGUGGGUGUUCAAGGAAUUUGCAUCUUUGAUGGGAGGGAAGGCUCCAAAAACAAUACUCACGGUUACAUAUGUUCUCGCGCCACCGUUGAAGCACAACUACUUCCUGACGGAAUACUGGGGAGGUCUGCACACCCCUGAUCUCAUACACAUGUACAACUGGGGUAAGUAUGUCUGGGAGGAAGUGCUUCUAUCAGCUGGGAGGGUCAAGUCAGAGCUCCUUGGGGGCAAAGUUAAAUCAAACAUCUCUGGUUGCACUUUCUUCAUUCAGGUGUUCUAUCUGGACAAUCUUGAUCUUGAGGACGAGAACCUACCACACGACGUCUUCCCAAGAUGCAAGGUCUAUGAUCAGAAAAAGAUUAACAUGGUUAUUGAAAAGGACACAAGCACAGGAAAGAACGCAGAUAUUGUUAUAUACGGACUACUUCUGCCGAGGCCGGCGCACACAGUGUGCUAUAGCAGGAACAGAGCUUCAAUGUCCUUCAUUGGCAAGAUUGCUGAUAUCGGAGCCGGGUCAAGCAGAUAUCAAAGAGCACCGAUGAUCGAGGAGAUUGUUACUAUACUUGUGGAAAAAGUGGGCCAAUAUUCAUCUAGAUGCCGAGCAGCGUUGCAAGCGGCGUCUAAGAAAGGGGCCAAUAUAAACAAAAAGCACGCGGAUGGGUGGGAUGGUGUUGUGAGGGAGACUGACAUUUUCAUUGAAGAAGAGACCUCUAAGAUGCUCGCAGAUAUUGAUGAAAUAUCAGAAACUGUAAGGCAGAACAACAAAAGGCCAAGGGAACAAGACUACCAAGGUGAUGAUGUCUCGCCUGAAGAGUCCGGAGAAGAGUCGCCAUUUUCACCACGUUCGGCCAUUUGUCCUGUGAAUACAGAUAAUCGGAAUGUAGAUGAUGGUAAUCCUAUCCAUAGGUCAAAUGACAGUCAACGGGGUGGUUCCCCGAAAAGAGCAAGGGUCGAAGAGACAGAGGAGGAUCCUGACCCGGCGAUUAAGAAUCUGGAAGGACUGGUCGCGGCAGCAGACCAAGACAAUGAAGUAACAAAUGACACUGUGGUGCAUGAACAAAUGCCAAUCCAGGCCAAAGCAGCAGAUGGUAGGCAAUGGGUAUAUGGCCCUAAUGCAGCGCUUAACACAGAGGUUCCCUCAUAUGACCUCGGAAUAGACAAUGCUGAGCCAGUCCUGUCACCGGGAAGGGAAUUGUCAGUUGUGGCUAAAACUCAACAACCGUUCCACAUUCAGCAUCACACUGCCCAGGCCGGUCCAAGCAGACUCAAAAUAGAUUUCACAGGUUUUAGGAGCAAAGACCUGAUGGAUGAUUUCAGUAGAGCGGUGACACCAGAAGGUACGAGCUCCGUGCCAUCAGCUAACACAACACCUGUAUCAACAUAUGGGAAAAAUGAACUCCAAGGCUCAGGGCUUGACAUAAUAUGCACUCCUGUGCACAGGGCGAUAGAGCCGAAUAAGGCGGCGGGAACAACACCUGUUAGCCUGAACAGGGAGAUCGCGGCACAAGAGUUGGACGUACAUGAGGAGAUGGAGGAGGCAGCAAUCAACCUGAACAUUCCACAGACACAAGAUGGCCUCAGUACACAGCCACAACGAAAAAGAACAGUUAAGCCAGGCAAGGCUGCACGGUCCCCUUUUGUUCUGGGGUACGAUCCUCCCCUAAGAGCACCAGCUAAUGUUGAAAAGGUCUUCAAGAUGUUUAUGAAGGAGCCCGCAUCUGCAAGGAAAGACAAUUGGGUUAUAAGCACUCAGCCAAAAUACAUCGAGCUCUCUGCCGAGCGAAUCAGGACGAACCUUUCGGAAGGGGGUGUGAUAGAUAAUGAUUUGAUGACAAUAGCAGUUAGAAGAUAUCAGCAGAUUGACUACACUUUUGCAUUGGAUAAAGAUGAAGGGUGCUGGCGACAUUGUCUCGAGCCAGACUUUGUGAACCAUGUGAGCAGAGGAGACGUGAUUGUGAGGUAUGUGCAGGACAUGUUUAUUGGGGAACAUAUCAAGUAUGACGUGCAUAGAUGCACUGAGUUCUUACUCAACGUCAAGUUCAACUUCACAUGGUCGACCUACAUUUGGGAUUUUGUAAAGAGGAGGAUAAUCGUUCUUGACCCAACAAUUAACAACGGAGACGAGUCUGACAAAGUCAUCCAGAGUAGGCACAGAAAGGUUGCAGACAAUCUUCCCCAAUGAUGGUGCAUUCAAGCAUUUUUUCAAGGUUGGGCUCCUGACAUGACGAGAUGGAAUACAGUGUUCCCGAAAGGGAUAAACGUUGGUCUAUGCAGCGGGCCAGACAGCGGGGUAUAUGCACUGCACUAUGGCCGGAAUUGGAUGGGAAGCAAAUUCAAGAGGGACCUGAACCUGCAACACGACGGGGUGCUCCAUUCCAGGAUGAACAUACUGGUAGAUGUGCUUGGACUGGAGGGGAACAUUGGACACUUGCCUGAGAGAUACAAGAAGUGCCUUGUUAGGAACAAGGAGGAUGCGUGAUGAUUAUUGCUCUAGCAAACUAUCUGCGCUUGUUUGGUCGAGAAUCGAAGCUGCAGUUUGAACUUUUAUAUGUAUGGGACGUCCUAAUCUGCAAGCUUUAUGCUUUUGGGCAGUCAAGAAAACUGAAUUUAGCGGACUGUAAGAUUUAGUAAAUUAAAGCUUUAACCAUUUGGUGCAAUCCGUUAUGGCCUAUAGGUGUUUGAAAAAACUAUGCCCAAAUUCACAUCGUUGUGGAUUUUAUCCAGAA